GCACAAGUCAACCCAAAUUCAAUAUACCCCAGCGCAUUUACCCCAUUGUCUCGAUCGGCUCGGCCCCCGUCUACUGGUAUCGACUUUGGUACCCUUGCAUCAGCCCUACAGUUCCUCGGGUCUCGAGCUGCCCCUGUGAUCGUAACCCGACCCCUACGUACCGUACAAAGCUCGCCAGACCCGUUGGCUAUAUUUCUUUUGACACCAAUCUGCUCUGGAUCUUGAGCGAGCAUUUGCUUCAAGAAGGCUGUCCCCGCCUGUUUCAAACCCAUAAAGCACAUCAAGAACCCCAAUCACACUUGACAUACACAACUCAAUACACACUCUCACACAUACACAAUGGACGCACCAAUGAUCGAACUUAGGUCGGCCCUUGCCUCACUGUUCGAACAAGGCCAAUACUCAGAUCUGACCAUUGUUUGUGGAACAAAAAGAUACCAGGUGCAUCGUGUACUUCUCGCGACAAGAUCCACCUUCUUCCAGGGCGCCUGCCGAAGUGGGUUCAGGGAAGCUGAGACUGGAGUCAUCAACCUCAGUGAAGAUGACGCUGAGGCUGUAGAGCACAUGAUCCACUAUUUCUACCACAUGGACUAUCUCACCAAAAAGCCACUCUCACGCCGCUCAUCUCAACGAUCCAACCGACCAGCGUCACUACAAGCAUCACACCUUGCCACCAGACGGAACACGCCGAAGAAGUUGAACCUUACCGCCGUUGAAGAUCCGCUCAUGGCGCUCGUAGCGGCGGCUAACAACGCAAUGCCGAUGACCCCUCCGCCAGAGCAGAACACGUUCCAGAACAUGGACGCAUCUAUCAAGAUGCCCGAUUCGCCGAUGGUCGAUGAUUUCCUCCAGGAUGACGAUAUUGAGAGCAUCCACUCCGAGCAGGAAUUCGACGUUGAGACGACGCAUCUCGUCACACAUGCGAAGGUCUACGCCAUCGCUGAGAAGUAUGGGAUUGCGGGCCUGAAAGCGCUGGCACGGAGUAAAUUUGCCGACCAGAUUGAGCUGCACCUCAACAGCGUCGAGUUCCCAGAGGCAUGCCAGGAAGCAUACGAAUCUACCUUCCACACUGAUCGUGGUCUACGAGACAUCAUCGUCCAGACCUUCCGCGCCAACCCAAGCCUGUCCCUGCGACCUGACGUCGAGAUGGUGGUUCGCGAGACGCCUGGUCUUGCCUUUGAGCUCUUUCGCAUGGCCAGCGGUCUUCCCGUCUUUUCUUGAGUGGAUCGGCUAUCGUUCACGGGCUUGGCUUUGAGAAGCCACCGUCACCGCCCGAUCUCCGACCGAAUCUCCAACGCCCAAGGUGCAGAUGCAUGCAUACCGCCAUGCUCUUUCCAUGGCGUCGUAAGCUCAAGUUUGCAAAAACAACGCGCGUCCCAUAUGGAGAUUGCUUCGGGAGGCUUACCAGUAGUACCUCACUUCCAACGUGCAUGCACUACAUGCUGUUUGGGCCUAUGAGAAUUUCUCCAAUCCAAGCCAAAACGUUUCACAACGGCCACAAUUGACCACCAAGGCAUUGUGGGGUCAGCAUGUCUCACAAGCCGCGCAGCCGUGCAUAGUGGCUGCAUCCCGCCCACAUAAGCUGAUCGUACACUGAUCGGCCGGGUCCUUCCUCGUCCCACAAAGCAGAUCUUCUCUGCGCCAGGUUCUUUUCUCUUUGGUGGUUCUUCCAGUACUUUUAGCGAUCUCACGCAGCGGGUCUCAACAUAUUUUCGGUAGCUUUAUGUAUCAAUCUAUCACAUUUUUUACAUGCAC